CGCAAGGGGCCACAAGAAACCCCGGAAUCGUGAUUCAAACGGAUUUUCAAAUCUCAAUCAAAAUCAAAUCUAAACAAAAAUAAUAAAAAUCCCUCCAAUGACCCAAUUAUUUUUCUCCAUUAAAUGUACCUAAUAAAAAAAUUAACUUCCAAUUUCCGCAAUCAGUUCCGUCACUACAUCACUUGAAAAAGAAACCUCAAAAGAAGAAAUGAAUUUUUAAAAAAUUGCAUAAUUGCAAGAAGGACAAUACAUUUUUCCUCUGAAAUUGUGAUUCAAUCGAUUGAAAAUAAUUUUGUGUUCACUCUCAAUUAAUUGACCUUGACCCGGACUGAUGUAAAAUACGAUAAAUUUAUGAUUGACAAUUUAAAAAAUUGUCAGACAACAUAAUUGACGAUUAGCGACUCCUAAACCCCAAAGUGUCGUUAUUAAACGUCCGGUUGAUCCCAAGUGACGUGAGAUGGGUCCAAGUAUUUACCGCCUAAUUGAGGUGUGACGUUGUAAGUUGAGUGAUAGACUCCGAUGAAUCGAUAAGAGUCAGUCAACCGACCAAUUACUCCCCCGACAUGAGCAAAAAAUAUGGGAAUGAAAACGUGAGACUAGUCCCCCGGGUGUCUCAUUAAUUUAUCCGCAAUAAAUAAACCCGAAAAACAUUGGAUCAGUGAAUUACUCGCUCACCGGAGAGACUGAAGACACGAGUAAAUAUGAAUCCGCCGCUCCUGGAGUACUUUGUCGUGGCUGUAUUGUGCCUGGUGGAUAGGACCGCAGGUGGUAGUUGCAGAGCAGCGAAACUCUGCUGUCAGGGACGUGACUCGGGUUGUGUUAUUCAAAAAGCAUCGCCCAAUGCAAUUAUCGAGAGCCCGAGGGAUAAGCCGUGCUACUGCGAUCAUGCUUGCCUCAAGCUUAAUGACUGCUGUGAUGAUUUUCGUGAUACAUGCAGUGUUGCAGAUUGUGCUGUGAGUGAGUGGGGAGCUUGGUCUCCCUGCGACAAUGAUUGUGGAGUUGGGAUUCAGACAAGAAAUAGAGUUAUCACGAAGACUGAGCUGAAUGGAGGGAAACAUUGUCCACAGUUGGAGCAAUUGAGAACGUGCAGGGGAUUUGUUGGAUGUCGUGAGCAUCCAGAAGCAUCUCACAAAGAGAUAAUCCUCCUGGCGCCCCUCCCCGAAACAAACUCCACCAGCGACGAAGUAAAUUCAGUACAAAGCAAUUGCCAAAUAUUCACAGUUCUCUGGGCAUCGCGCAUCUGCACGAGAGAAUUCCCCAGCUUGACGCUAGGUUCACAAAUAUGUGCACUGUGCCGAGAAGAUAGUGGCAACUGUCACAGUGGUGAGGAGUCUGUGGAGCCCACGGGAGUCGGCAGGUGGAAAAUAAUGACGUCCACAUCGACACGAUGUCAUGGGAAAUGGAUCGCAAGUACCAACCUCAGGAGCUACUGCGACACCAGCGGCUGCGAGGAUAUGUUAUCUCUGGUAUUCAUCUGAAAUUAAAAUAUGCCGAGGGCAUCUGGGGAUGUUACGAGAAGAGAUGAAUCCCAUUGGACGAGGAUGAAAAAAAAAUCCAACAAGACGCCUAAUAAAAUAAAUGAAUCGAUAUUUUUUCCGAGGGGUGAAAAAAUUUCCGAGGUUGCUGUAAAUAAUUGGAUGGGAUGUUGAAUGUAGAGUUCGCGUCAGCUCGAAGAAAAAUCCCGUGUAUUUUUCUUAUCAUCAGAGAUGUAGUGGAUAUUAUAGAUCGAAUUAAUCUCGAUAAUGUACAGUACUGUAAUGGCACGGGGAGAGGGGACAUAUCAAUAAGAAAUUUGAUUUUACGAGGAAAUGUAUGUGAAUGUAAUCGUUAAUAUCGGAUUGAUCAUUAAAUAAAUAGAGUAAGUUGAGUAAUA